UUGGUGAUGGAACAGGUGGCUAACAAGAUGGUUGAUUCUAAGCAGAGGAGACUACACAGAAAUCUGGAAGACCCAGGGGAAGGCCAAGGCUCAGGUGCCCACAUGAUCAGCACAGCCAGGGUACCUGCGGAUAAGCCAGUACGCAUUGCUUUCAGCCUCGAUAAUGCCUCAGAUGAUACACCUUCUGAAGACGCCAUUCCUCUGGUCUUUCCAGAAUUAGACCAGCAGCUACAGCCUCUGCCGCCUUGCCAUGACUCCGCGGAAUCCAUGCAGGUGUUCAAACAGCACUGCCAGAUAGCGGAAGAAUACAAUGAGGUCAAAAAGGAAAUCGCUCUGCUUGAGGAAAGGAACUCCAAGCCACUGGUCCACACUCAUCUACCUUCUCUCUGUGGGUUUGUCUAUCCUGGAUAUGUCAUAUAAAUGGAGUCAUACAAUAUCCAUUUUUUUUCGACUGGCUUUUUUCACUUGGCAUGAUGUUUUCAAGGUUCAUCUAUGUGGUAGUAUGUAGCAUACUUUUCAUACUCAAUAUCCCAUUGGACGGGCAGUCUGUAUUUUAUUUAUCCACCCAUCAGUUGAUGGAAACUUGGAUUGUUUGCCCUUUGGUUAAAUAGGAACAUCUGAGUACAAGUUUUUGUGUGGAGGUAUGUUUUCGGUUCACGUGGGUAUGUGCCCCAGACUAGAAUGGCUGGGUCAUGUGAUAACUCAAUGGGUAAUCUUUGGAAGAACUGUCAGACUGUUUCUAAAGUGGCUACACCAUUUUAUAGUCCCACCAGAAAUGUAUGAAGGUUCUGAUUUCUCCAUACCUUUGCUGACUCUUAUUAUGUCUCUUUGGUUAUAGCCAGGCUAGUGGGUGCAGAAUGACAUCCCAUUGUGUUUUUGACUGAUGCUUCCCUGAUAGCUGAACUUUGUUGAGCAUCCUUUCAUGGGCUUUUUGGCAAUUUUUAUGUCUUCUUGGAGAAAUGUGCAUUCAGAUUCUUUGCCCAUUUUCCAGUUGGGUUAUUAUGGAAUUGAAAAAACUGUUAUAUAAUUUUUUGUGGGUUCAGGCAAAACAUAAAAAUAUGGGGGUAACAUAAAAAUAUCAGACCUAUAUCUUUAGAUCUCUUUUUAAAAAGAUUUAUUUACUUACUUCAGAGAGAGAAAAAGAGAGAGCGUGCACAUGAAUGGAGAGGGGCGGGUGCAGCGGAAGAAGAACAAGAGAUUCCCCGCUCAGUGGGAAUCCUGGCACAGGGCUCAAUCCUGGGACUCUGAGAUCUGAGCUGAAACCAAGAGUCUGACACUUAACUGAGUCACCCAGGACCCCCUAUCUUCAGUUAAAAAUAUCAUAUAACGGUGAUUGAAAGAGCAACAUCUCAUUGAGGGAAACAUAUCAGGAUGGGGAAAAGGGAGCAUAUGUGAUUGGUAACAGCAUUGUCUGAAAAUAGCCCUGUUAGGAUUUGUUUUCCGUCAUGACAUUUAAUUUGUUCUUUAUUUUCCAAUAGUGAUAGAUUUUUAUGUUUAACCAGAAACAGUCAUUUCUUUAGGACAUCCCUGAUGGUAGAGAUGUUUAAGCUAUGUUCUGGGGACCAUUUCAAAGACUGGGAAUAGAGCGGGUGUCACACAGGGAACUGUCCAAAGACCAACCAGAGGAAGUCCUAUCUGGUCGGUUUUAUUUGCUUCACUUCAGGGUGAAGUUUUCCUUGAAAAAUGGUAUCACAGUUAGAAAACAUUGAACACCAAACUUCACUUUUAUAUUCCAGGCACUUAAAAAAAUUCUUUGAAAAAAUUUACACAGCCUCCAGAAAUUAGCAAAUUUGUUGUCAUAAAGCAAUAGUAAAUGGAACCCCGUCACCCAGUAUCACCCAGUACCAGCAUACGCCCUAGUCAUAAUGAUUUGGGCCUUUGAUGCCACCUAAUUAUCUGAUGUUCAGUCUUCUACCUAGAAUCUCAUUCUUCAGUAUCUCUCCUUCUAAUCUCUGCCUGGAACCAUAAUAAAAGGGACAGAAUAUUUACCACUUCUCAAUGAGAGUGCCUUUUUAAGUAGAUCUCCCUGGCUAAGGAAAGAGGCUCCAAUCUUUGGGGGAGUAGAAUGAGGAAAAUUUUGCCUUUUAUCGAUUCCUAUUCCAAGA